UCUGGGCGCACAGGCACAGCUUGAGACAUCUGCAGAGAGCGCCACUGUCUGUCACACUCUGACACGCACAGAUCGCCCACAAGGCUCAACAUGCCACUAUCAAGCAGCUCCACAUCCUCCGCUAAGGGCAUCCGCAGAGCCGCAUCCGAGCUGGAGAGGUCUGACUCCAUCACGUCAGCCAGAUUCCUCGGGAGACGACAAAGCUUGAUCGACGACGCGCGCAAGGAGAGGGAGGCUGCAGCUGCAGCGGCGGAGGCUGCAGAGACCACUGAACAGAUCGUAUUUGAGGAAGAUGAUGGAAAAGCGCUCCUCAACCUCUUCUUCACGUUAAAGAACUCCAAUACACCUGCGCUGUCGCGGACACUGAAAGUUUUCGAGACAUUUGGAGCAAAGAUUCACCAUUUGGAGACACGCCCAUGCCGAAAGCUCAAGGACGGCCUGGGAGGCCUGGAGUACUUUGUCCGCUGUGAGGUGCACCUUUCGGAUGCCAGUACUCUGAUCAGCUCCAUCAAGAGGAAUGCUGAGGAUGUUAAAACCACCAAAGAAGUCAAAUUCCACUGGUUCCCAAAGAAAAUAGCAGAUCUGGACAAAUGUCAUCAUCUGGUUACAAAAUAUGAUCCAGACUUGGACCCAGACCAUCCUGGCUUCACAGAUCCCGUCUACAGGAAGAGAAGGCAAAUGAUUGGUGACAUUGCCUUCAGAUACAGACAUGGGGAGGUGAUUCCCAGAGUGGAAUACACGGAGGAUGAGAUUGGCACAUGGCGGGAAGUCUACUCAACCCUAAGAGACUUAUAUUCCACCCAUGCCUGUAAUGAACACGUCGAGGCCUUCCGCCUACUUGAAAGGCAUUGUGGGUACAGUGCGGACAACAUCCCCCAACUGGAAGGGGUGUCACGCUUCCUCAAAGAGCGAACAGGAUUCCAGCUGCGUCCAGUGGCAGGUCUGCUCUCAGCCAGAGACUUCCUGGCCAGUUUGGCAUUCAGGGUGUUCCAGUGCACUCAGUACAUUCGCCACGCCUCCUCUCCUAUGCACUCCCCAGAACCUGAUUGUGUCCAUGAACUCUUGGGACAUGUCCCCAUGUUGGCCGACCGCACAUUUGCUGAGUUUUCACACAACCUUGGUCUGGCAUCACUUGGAGCUUCAGAUGAGGACAUUGAAAAACUGUCCACACUUUACUGGUUCACCAUCGAGUAUGGUUUAUGUAAGCAGAACGGUGAGGUGAAGGUUUACGGCGCGGGGCUUCUUUCCUCUUAUGGAGAGCUUGUGCACUCUCUGUCUGAUGAACCAGAGACAAGAGAGUUUGAUCCAGAGGCUGCAGCAGUUCAGCCUUAUCAGGACCAGACGUACCAGCCUGUCUACUUUGUUUCUGAGAGUUUUUCAGAUACAAAGGAGAAAUUAAGGACAUACGGGGCUGGUAUUAAGCGUCCCUUCUCAGUGAGGUUUGAUCCCUACACCAGCAGCAUUGAGGUCCUGGACAACCCGCUGAAGAUCCAGGAAGGCCUGGAAGAAGUGAGGGAUGAGCUAAAGAUGCUGACAGAUGCCCUCAGUGUUUUAUCAUGAUGAAGCCCCGGCGUGUGACGUCCUGCUGUUAUUUGCUUCCCCUCUGCUGUGUUCUGCAACGUCCCAUGUGUAAACAAGACCAAUGUGUUCAAUCUCCAUGUACUGUUUGUACCUCCUGUGUGAUGCUGUCUCUGAUGACUUGCCGUGGGUGGCUGGUUGGCCGACAAGGUCGCAACCAUUAAAACCUCAACACGGCAAGGGCAAAGUUUCCAAAGAUAUCUAACGCCUCGCUGGGUGUGGAUCUGUUGUGGAAUGACUGGGCCACUUGUGCUGUUGAAGCAAAUUUGUGUUGUUUUGUCCAAAUUUGAACCAAAAUCCAUGCACAACUGUGAUAAUGAAUGUAUUAAAAAAAAAUGAAACUAAGUAUUACUAUUUUAAAACAAAGAAAAAAUGCAUACUAUAUUCGAUUGGUAUUUGUUUUAUUUAGAGGAAUAAUUAUAACACUGCUGUGACAAGGGGUUUAUUUUCCAUAUGUGAAAUAGGAUCAUUGGAUGUAUGGACUUUAUGUAGUUUUGGUCGUGCAGUGUAAAUGCAUUGUAUAAAGAAAAAAACAGACAAAAAAAAAACAAACAAUGAGACAUACUUUCCAUGCUAUAAAAUGCUGCAUAGUAAAAAAAAGAACCUGUCAAAUAAUAAAGAAUCACAAAUCAA